AAAACAAGACCCUCAUGAAUUUGACUUUAUAAAAUGGCGUCUUCUCAAGAAAAACCAGGAAAGCAUAAUGGACCCGAAGACGCACAAAUCAUUGUGUCUAUAAUGAAAGAUUUGGGAAUUGAUGAAUAUGAUCAACAAGUUUUAAAUCAUCUUUUGGAGUUUAACUACAGAAACACAACACAACUGUUGGAAGAUGCUAAGUCGUUUUCAAACUUCGCCAACAAGAAGCAGAUAGAUGCCGAUGAUGUGAAAAUGGCAAAGAAAUUUUCGGACAGCAAAGAACUUCAUCGACCUCCUGCACACGAUAAAUAUGCCAUAUGUCGAACUAAUGUUCAAUAUUCGAAUGAUUUAUACUCGUCACAUCGAAUACCCUUGUGUUUAUCGGUAAGAAAAAUAUCUAUUUUGCAAUUGUCUUCAUCAAUUAAUUCGUUAAGCAACGAUCCACAAGCAUAA